AUGCCAGCAGCUGCAACAGAAGCUGCGACUGGAGGAGUUGGCAGCAAAGGGGCGCAGCGCCGGCGAGAGCAAGCAGGAAGCUGCGAGCCCUCCGCAAGUCGGCCUUGGUUGGGCGACAUCCGUUUCGACGGAAUAAAGGUGCGCGACGGCAAGUCUUCGGACGCGGCAGUGGUGCGCACGCUGAACGAGGGCCACAGGGUCCUCGUAGCGGAGCGCAGCAAGUCCGCCCGUAUCACGAUACCCAGCAAAGGCUGGGUCAAGCUUCAGAAGCACAGCGAGCCCGUGCUGCAGCAGGAGGCCUGCGACGUGCGCAAGCCAGGUCAGGAAUCCGCGACGACGCAAGUUACCAAUAGUGUCCUGCAGCGUCUGGGGGUGAUGAUGCCGAAGCCGGAGGAGGAGCGCCUGAUGCUUGCCUUGUAUCUCAUGCAAGUCCUCACUGAUUGCAGCACGGGACCCUUCGUCAUCUCCCGUUCCUGGCGUCUUUCCGUGCAUCGCUUCUUGUAUUUCUCUCCGAAAACUCUUGGCAGUCAGUGUUGA